UAAAUAUAAGGUUCCGCCUUCUCGUUUGCUCACCACCAUCUCUAAUAUUCUCUUUCGCAUCCUUUGCUCUGCUCACUUGCUUGCUCUCUUUCCAACAAACACACCUUUUCUCUCUCUCUCUCUCCGUUUUCCACUCUUUCUUUGCUUCGGAUUCUCAGAUACAUAAAAAAGCUUCAGAGAAGCACUCUUGUGAGAAACAGAGUGAAGAGUUUUAAAGAUUUUGAGUGACCAAACACCAUGGCCAAGGACAAUUUACAGGUGCUAAAUGCGCUUGAUGUAGCAAAAACACAAUGGUAUCAUUUUACUGCAAUCAUCAUUGCUGGAAUGGGAUUCUUCACCGAUGCAUAUGAUUUAUUUUGCAUCUCUCUUGUGACAAAGUUGCUUGGCCGCAUAUACUACCAUGUUGAUGGAGCAGCAAAGCCUGGCACGUUGCCUCCCAAUGUCUCAGCUGCUGUUAAUGGUGUAGCAUUCUGUGGAACUCUAGCUGGUCAGCUCUUCUUCGGGUGGCUUGGAGAUAAGAUGGGCCGGAAGCGAGUCUAUGGUAUGACUCUCAUGCUCAUGGUUAUAUGCUCUGUUGCUUCAGGUCUUUCCUUCGGCCACAAUGCAAACUCUGUCAUGGCAACACUUUGCUUCUUCCGGUUCUGGCUUGGUUUUGGAAUUGGUGGUGACUACCCACUUUCUGCCACCAUCAUGUCCGAAUAUGCUAAUAAAAAGACUCGUGGUGCCUUCAUUGCUGCAGUCUUUGCUAUGCAGGGCUUUGGAAUUAUGGCUGGUGGUAUAUUUGCAAUUAUUAUUUCAUCCGCAUUUAAGGCCAGGUUUGACGCUCCAGCCUAUGAGGUUGAUGCACCUGGCUCAACUGUUUCACAAGCAGAUUUUGUUUGGAGGAUUAUUCUAAUGGUUGGAGCACUUCCUGCUGCACUCACUUAUUACUGGAGGAUGAAGAUGCCUGAAACAGCCCGUUACACAGCCCUUGUUGCCAAGAAUGCAAAACAGGCUGCAUCUGAUAUGUCAAAGGUCCUUCAGGUUGACCUUGAAGCAGAACAACAAAAGGUAGAACAAAUAACUGAAAAACCAGCCAAUGCAUUUGGUUUGUUCUCAAGGGAGUUUCUUCGUCGCCAUGGACUUCACUUGCUUGGGACAACAAGCACAUGGUUCUUGCUUGACAUUGCAUUUUACAGCCAAAAUCUGUUCCAAAAGGAUAUUUUCAGUGCAAUUGGAUGGAUUCCUCCUGCAAAGACCAUGAAUGCCAUCGAGGAGGUUUAUAGAAUUGCAAGGGCACAAACACUGAUUGCUUUGUGCAGUACUGUCCCAGGGUACUGGUUUACAGUGGCUUUCAUUGACAAGAUAGGAAGGUUUGCUAUCCAACUGAUGGGUUUCUUCUUCAUGACAGUGUUUAUGUUUGCCCUGGCCAUUCCAUACAACCACUGGACUCAUAAGGAUAACCGCAUUGGAUUUGUGAUGAUGUAUUCGUUAACUUUCUUCUUUGCAAAUUUCGGGCCUAAUGCCACCACAUUUGUUGUGCCAGCUGAGAUUUUCCCGGCUAGAUUGAGGUCUACUUGCCACGGCAUAUCAGCAGCAUCUGGGAAACUUGGGGCUAUGGUUGGUGCAUUUGGGUUUUUGUAUUUGGCUCAAAGCCAGGACAAGACCAAAACAGAUGCAGGGUACCCUGCUGGAAUUGGAGUGAAGAAUUCACUCCUUGUGUUGGGUGGAAUCAACUUCUUGGGAAUUUUGUUUACUUUCUUGGUGCCUGAAUCGAAAGGUAAAUCUUUGGAGGAGAUGUCUAGGGAGAAUGAGGAUGAAAAUGGAGAAGGUCCAGAAUUGGAACAAACAUCUUCUUUUAAUAGCAGGACAGUUCCUGUUUAUUAGGUUGGCUCAGUGAGCAAUUGCUCACCAUUAAACCCCUCCUACAUUUUCAUUGAGAGAAGGACGAUUGUUAUAUUUUGUUCUUCUUCUUGUCCGUAAGCAGUUUCUUAGAAUAAGUCAUUUCACAUCUUGGCAAGAGGCGUCAACUGCGUCAUUUUCUUGUACUUAUUGUAGUUUGUUCUUUUGCUUAAUCUUGCGUAGCAUAAGAACUUUUCUUUGUUGUUUCUUGCCCUAAAAAAAAAAAAAUCGAAUAAUUUCUUACCAGAGGGCUAUCUCCUGCAUUUUUUUUAUUUCUUUUUUCACUUAGACAUGGAGAAUAGAUAAUAUGUCCUGCAUAGUCUGAAAGCAUUUCAGGUGCUUGUUGAUGGAUCAACUAAUAGGCUCCAUUUGUGAUUAAACAACAUUGAUAGGUCAAAAAGGUGGAAAAAAGCUGUACAAUUUAUCCAAAACAUAUAGGUAUAUGAUCAAGCCUUAUUUAAGAGAUUAUUUGAA